UUCCCUUGACGGUACUGAGAACAUUAUGAGAAACCUAAAAUUACUAAGAACACGGCAAUGCCAGCCCAGCCAGGCUCUUGGAAUUCCUCAGGGUUUCUCUCUCCGUGUGGACCGAGGGUCAUUAUUAAUCAGCUCAGAGUAUGGAAUUGUGGAAGUGGAUCCUGUCACACAGGAGGUCACAAAUGAAAUUUCUCUGACAGCGGAGGGGUUUCUGCCAGAAGAUGGAAGUGGACACAUUGUGGGCAUUGAGGAUCUGCCCGACCAAGAAUCUGUCUGUGUGGCUACAGCCACUGGAGAUGUUAUUCUGUGCCACCUGAACACAAACCAGCUGGAGUGCGUCGGGAGUGUGGACAGUGGCCUGACAGUGAUGAGCUGGAGUCCAGACCAAGAAAUUAUUCUCUUGGCGACAGGUCAGCAGACCCUGAUUCUGAUGACCAGGGACUUUGAGCCGAUUAUGGAAAAUCAGAUCCACCAAGAUGACUUUGGAGAAGGGAAGUUUAUUACUGUCGGCUGGGGUAAAAAGGAGACGCAGUUCCAUGGAUCUGCAGGCAAGCAGGCCGCUCACACCAAGCCAGUGGAAGUCUCACCUGCUUUGUCCUGGGAUGAUCACAGACCUCGCAUCAGCUGGAGAGGCGACGGACAGUAUUUUGCAGUCAGUGCUGUUUGCCCAGUGACAGGGGCUCGAAAGAUCCGGGUGUGGAGCCGAGAAUUUGUUUUGCAGUCGACGAGCGAGCCUGUCCCUGGACUAGAGCAAGCCGUAGCCUGGAGGCCCUUUGGAAUCUUGAUUGCAUCCUCGCAAGUCAAAGCCAACAAACAUGAUGUUGUGUUCUUUGAAAAAAAUGGACUCCUUCAUGGGGAAUUCACGCUUCCCUUUCAGAAAGGCCAAGUCAAGGUAAAUGAGCUACUCUGGAAUUCGGACUCUAUGGUAUUAGCUGUAUGGCUGGAAGACCUGAAAACUGAGAUUAACUCACAACCAAAGACUUAUGUUCAGCUGUGGACAACAGGAAACUAUCAUUGGUACCUGAAGCAAAGCCUACACUUUGGUAGUUCAGAGGAUAGCAGGAUCACGUCCCUGGCAUGGGAUCCAGAGGUUCCAUAUCGACUUCAUAUCCUUUGUCGACGGUGGCUGUACCUCUGCUAUGAUUGGCAGUGGAGUACAGACCGUAGCACUAUGGAAGGGGUGAAUGAUUCGGCUGGGGUGGCAGUAAUUGAUGGAGGCAAGGUGCUCUUGACGACUUUUCGGGAUGCUGUGAUCCCACCACCUCUUUCUACGUACCAGCUUCAGCUCUCCUGUGCUGUCAAUCUAGUGGCCUUCCCUGUGGUGUCUUCUAGCUGUGGGGAUUUUGCUGUCCUGGAUGUGAACAACAGGCUUUCCAUUUAUAGAUCCAGUGGUUAUGAUGAUGAAGACCCUCCUACAGUUCAAAAUGGUGCCGUUGGUGGAAGUGGAUUUAAAGUCCCCAUCAGAGCCCCUCAGCUGGAAAAGUCCUACAGAAUUGACCUAAACACCAAGGAAGAGAGAAACCCACUGUGGUUGCGUCUUCUCACCUGGGUGCAAGAUGACUUGUUCCUUGCUGCUAGCCAGGGGCAUCUCCCAGCUCAGACAUGCAUUCACCAUCUGAAGCUGUCCUCUGUAGAAGAAGCCCGUAUUGAUAUCAGCUCACCUGUGACUGUGGAUGGAGACGUCAUCAGCCUGUCUUGCAACCCAAAGACCCAGCUGGUAGCUCUGCAACUCUCCGAUGGCCAUGUAAUGAAGUAUCUGUGGGCAGCCGAAACCCCCACUGUCGUCCCUUGGCUGAGCAGCAGUGGUUUGGCUGUCCGCUUUCCCUCUCCAUGUAUGCAGAUUGCGCAGGCAGUGAUUGGCGGACAAGAUACCAUUUUUGGCCUGACUGACAGAUGUCGUUUUUUCAUGAAUGACGCUGAGGCUGCUUCAAAUGUCACAUCUUUCAUCAUCCAUGAUGAGUUUCUGUUGGUGACCACCCAUUCCCACACCUGCCAGUGUCUGGCUCUGAAGAACACAUCCCUGAAAGCUCUGCAAGCGGCUUUGGGCAGCACUUCCACCCCCGACAAUGAGACCCUGCGAAAGAUUGAAAGAGGAUCCCGGAUAGUCACGAUUGUGCCACAGGAUACCAAGCUGAUAUUACAGGUACCAAGAGGAAACUUGGAAACAAUUCAUCAUCGGGCUCUCGUGUUGGCCCAAGUUCGGAAGUGGCUGGACAGGAUUCAGUUUAAAGAAGCGUUUGAAUUUAUGAGGAAGCUGCGAAUCAAUCUAAAUCUCCUUUAUGACCACAAUCCAAAGGUCUUCCUGGACAACGUGGAAACGUUCAUCAAGCAAGUAGACAACGUGAAUCAUAUCAACUUGUUCCUCACAGAGCUGAAAGAAGAAGAUUUCACAAAGACUAUGUACCCACCCCUAGAGCCCAGCAGUGCCCUUGAACGGCUCGAUUCUGAUGGUAAAAAGGUGAACGUCAUCUGCGACGCGAUGAGAACAACCAUGGAGAAGAUCAAUGCUCCUAAAUACUGCUUAUCCAUAUUGACCUCACAUGUGAAAAAGAGCCCCCCAGAAUUGGAAACUGCUCUUCAGAAGAUUCGCGAGCUUCGAGAGCAAGCUCCUGCAAAUGCUGGAUCCACCAGUGUAGAAGAAGCGUUGAAAUACCUGCUGUACUUGGUGGAUGUUGGCGAGUUGUAUGAUUAUUCCCUGGGGACGUACGACUUUGAUUUAGUUCUCAUGGUUGCGGAGAAGUCUCAGAAGGAUCCUAAGGAAUAUCUCCCAUUUUUAAACCAGCUUAAGAAAAUGGAAAGCAAUUACCAACGAUACUCGAUAGACAAACAUUUGAAGAGGUACCCAAAGGCUCUCGGUCACCUCAGUAAAUGUGGGGCUGAGCAUUUUCCAGAGUUCCUGAACUUGGUGCAGGAUCAGAGUUUAUAUAAAGAAGCCCUGCAGCUGCACCCGCCGGACAGUCAGGAGAACAAGACCAUCAGCGAUGCCUACGGAGAGUAUUUGAUCCAAAAGCAUUUCCCUGAAGAAGCAGGGCUGGUCUUCUUCCGAUGCGGUGCUUUUCAGAAAGCGCUGGAUGCCUUUCGGAUCAGUGGGAACUGGAAGCAGGCCCUCUGUGCGGCAGCUGAGCUUCAUUACACGGAAGAUAAGCUGGCCAGCUUGGCAAGGACCAUAGCAGGGAAAUGUGUUGAGAAAAGAAAUUUUGGUGAUGCAGCAGUACUCCUGGAACAAUAUGCCAAGGAUUACGAAGAGGCCAUCCUCAUCCUCUUGGAAGGGACCACCUGGGAAGAAGCCUUGAGAUUAAUUUAUAAAUACAACAGAACAGACAUUGUGGAGACCAAUGUCAAGCCAUCUCUGCUGGAAGUCCAAAGAAAUCAUUUGGCAUUCCUUGAAACUCAGAAAGCAGCAUUUUCUCGCCACCAGAAGCGCCUCGCUGUGGUCCGGAAGCUGAAGGAGCAAGCCCGAAAUGAACUGCAGGAUCUGGAAGCCCCAAACUGCCCAGAAUCGGACCUCUUUUCUGAUGCCAGCAGUAUGGUGACAGCCAGUGAAGCAAGUUCUAAGUAUUCUCAAAGUAUCUCGAGAAUAUCGGCACGUUCUUCGAAGAACCGCCGCAAGGCAGAACGCAAGAAGCACAGCCUAAAGGAAGGAAGCCCCCUGGAGGACAUUGCCCUCCUGGAGGCUUUAGGGGAGGUCGUCCGGAGUGUUGACAGUCUUAAAGGUGAGGCACACAGCCUUUUGAAGUAUCUAGUCCUCUUUGGCUAUGAUGGACAGGCCCAGGAGCUGCAGCAAGCCCUUCAGGAGACCCUUCACUUGAUGGAGCGCUUCCUUCCUGAAAUCUGGAGCCCAGAGCUGCAUCCAUCCCAAGCCAACCCAGUUUGGGGCCCCAACUCAACUGCUAAUAGCAUUACAGCUGCCUACAACCAACAGAAAUGGACGGCUCCUGCAAUACAAGUUCCUGAACUGUUUAUGCCUCCAAAACUCGACAAAAGCAUCCAGUGGAAGUUGAACCUUCUGCAGUAA